CGUCGUGCCCUAUCCGGCAAGCUGCGAAAGGGACGUCGUCGACAAUGACAUCUGGGAAUGCAUGUGGGCGCAGGAUGUGCUAAAUGGGCAGAUAACUUGGUAUGUGCCGGACAGACCGCCAGGGAAAGUUUUGGACAUUGGCUGUGGGUCAGGAUUCUGGAUAUUGGAUUCCGCGGUUCGAUGGACGGACACUCACUUCGUCGGGCUCGACAUCGUGCCACUCCAACCCGACCUCUACCAAACGGGUUCUUCACAGCUCGCAUCCCGGAUAACAUGGGUCCAAGCAAACUUUCUCGAAGGUCUUCCAUUUCCAAAUGAAGAGUUUGACUUUGUCCACGCAAAGCGAAUAUCUCGCGGUGUACCGGAAGACGAGUGGGACAGCUUGCUUGAGGACAUCCACCGCAUACUCAAGCCCGAUGGCGUCUUUUCUCUCUCCGACGAGGAACUCGUAUUUCCAGGCAACCUUGCAAACAAUGGCAGGUCUCCCGAUGCCGUUGAUUUAACGAAGAGUAUCCCCUCCACUGGUCCCGCGACACCAGAGGACUCGCCUGGGCACUCCUCGCGGAACUCGCCCAUGUCAGACGUUGUCUUCUCGCCCGACCCGAAUUCUGACUCUGACGAACUCAGUGCCCCCCGCAGAGCCCAAUCAGAUCCGCGAUGGCUCAAAGCUCUUGAGGUUUCGGCAUUUCCAUCUACGCUCAGCCUCGGGCUCAUGUCGCCCACCGCCGCGCCCAUCUCUCCCGCCGUGUCCACUUCGCCCACGCGUACCCGAGCGACCCCUGCCGGCUCGCCGAAGCGGGAGCGGAGCGAGCAGGAGCUGCUGGACGUCGUGACGCUUGGUAAGCCUGAGCCCAAACCGGCGUUCGACCCGCGCGACCACAGGCUUCUCGAGUACAUCUACAACGAGAUGCACGCCUUGAGGUUCAUCAACCUUGAACCGAUAGCCGUUAUCACGAAUGCGAUGUCGCUCAUUUUCAGGGAGGUCGUCACCCACCCACCGGUCAUACUGGCGUUUCCGCCCGUUUCUACGAACCCCGCGACGUGUGCCGGGGCCACGAAAGGGAAGCAGGACGAGCAUGGAAGUGCGACGUCGGACUUGAGCACGCAUGCCGACGAACAUUCACCGCUCAUAUCAUUCGCGCAAGUCGCCGCCGGAGGUAGCCCAUAUGUCAGGUUCGAUUACGACCGCGUGACCCGGCGCCACCCACGUGGUGUUAUGAUCAUUGGCAGCGACUCGGACUCGACCUCAGAGAAGAACAGCUCGCUGCCCAGCCGUCCGAGCGCGCCUUUACCCCCGGUUCACGAACUCGUUCCGCUAGCCGGCCUCACGUUCGACCACAGAUCCCUGAAUAUGCACCUCCAUCUCCGCGUGAAAGAGGUCCUAUCGUGCGCGGAGGCAAUGUGGCAGUUUGUGCUGGACUACCAGGAGAGGAAUCUGGAUGGGGCCCGCCCCAGGUCGGCGCAGGGGCAGGGGCAGGGGCAGGGGCAGGGGCAGCGCAGGGGGCGCAUGCGUUUGCGGAAGAACCGCGAGUUCCACGAAGAUCUAGUGCAGCUGCACCGGAGGGAGUUCGAUGCUAUGUUGACUCGGUACCGUCUAGACAUGGAAGAGCACACUCUUCUGACGAACAGCGUCCAUUCUCGUCUCAGCUGGCCUCACGUGCGCUCGCCUAAACCACCGGAGCGAGUCGAGUUCGAAGAGCUUUGCGAAAAGUGGGAGAAGCACCUUGCAGAGACUGCGUCUACUCAGACGCAGCUCGACCACGGCCACAGCAACUCGCUGACCUCGGGCUCGACCUUUUCAGAGCUCUCCAUCACGUCUACGCCAGCGUCAGAGGCUUCCUCAGAGUAUGCUACCUCGCAGCCCGGACAUGCCAUUCCUGAGGGGCGCAUCGCGGCAUCGGCGAAGCCUUUUCAGGAGUCUAAGGAUCCUGCAGGGUGUCCUUCACGGACACCCCACCCUUCGGAACGGACGAGUCGGACCUUCAGGACCAUCGUGGCAUGGAAAUGAGAACCAGAUCUGAGCUCACGUGAAUCACAUUCCUUCUGAUAAGUUUCUUUAUCCAGCCACCCCCAAGCACGCAUUCAUUAAGCAUCCCUACGUACGGCUGUGUUCAACCACCCCAAGCACACAAUCAUUAAACUUCUCUACGUACGUCUCUUUUCCAAUACUGUACGGUUUGUAGAUUAUACCCAGCUUGGUCCCGACUGUUUGAGUUGGCGUCAUUAAUCGUUGUUUUGUAUCUACCGUCCUUCACAGUAGCUACUGGCUCCGUCUUUAGCGUGUACCAUUCCGACGUACGCACCCUGGAACCUGCAAGCC